AUUUUGAUGAACUUGUCAGCAUUUACCAGCAUUAGAGAGAUGUUAUGAAUUGGUAUAAGAUAAGGGAAUGAGGAAAAAUAUGAGUCCAGAAAUAGUGCACUCUUAUGCACAUUUCAUUCAAUCAAUAAUUCAAACUGGAGAUAACAAGUUAAAAGUUUUGAAGGAGAAUUUGUCUUCUGAAGAUCUGACAGGUGAUUCAUGCACCAAAGUUCUGCAUCAUCUGAUAAAUGAAAAAGCAGCAUUGUAUGUUGCUUGUGAGGAAGGCGAUUUAGACAUUAUCAGGUAUCUUGUAUCUGAAUGUGAAGUUAACAUUGAACAAAGAGGAAGCUAUACACAUAAACAUUUUCGUGAUCAUGUACCACCGCUGUGGAGCUGUACGGAACGUAAUUCCAUUGAGGUAUUGCGCUUGUUAAUCAGUCUUGGAGCAGAUAUUAACUGUACAUCAAGCACAAACGGAACAGCUCUUCUUGUGGGCUGUCUUCACAACAGUGAGGAAUGUGUAAAUGAAUUAAUCAAGGCUGGAGCAGAUGUCAAUAUUCCAAACAUAUAUGGAGCCACACCACUAUUAAAUGCAGCUAGCAAAGGUUCUUUAGAUUUGUGUGAAUUUUUGAUAAAUAAUGGUGCUGAUGUUAGAGGCAGAGAUUGUAAUGGUAGAACAGCUCUGCAUAGAGCAGUGGAGGAAAACAGACUGGAUGUUGUGAAAUUGCUGAUAGAAAAAGGCUGUGAUUACAUGUUACAGAAUGAUACUGGAGAGAGUUCUUUCAGACUUGCUGCUCUGAAAGGAAAUGACACCAUUGUGGAAUAUAUAGCUCAAAAUGUUUCUCAUGAUGCAGUAGAGAUUAUCGAGAUGUAUGAACUUUUAGGAGCAUUUCAUGCUGAAAAAGAUGAUUAUGUGAAGGCGACUAUAACUUGGAUGUCUGCAUUAGGAAUGAGAGAUCUCAACGGUGAAAAUCCAAUACAAAAGAAAAUCUGUGAUACAUUGGAUAAAUGUACGGCUCAUAGAGAGGUAUCUAGCAAUGAUGGAAUCAAAAGACUUACAAGUAAGGAAGAUUUUAUGAUGCAAAGUUUACUGGUGCGUGAACGUAUACUGGGAUCAUCACAUUCUGAAACCAUCUGGUCUUUAGACUACUGUGGUGCAGUGUAUGCUGACAUGAACAACUACGGAUGUUGUAUACAACUCUGGAAGUGUGCUUACAGACGUCUAGUUGAUAAGAGAAAUCAUUACAGUGAAGAUUGUUCCUUCCGGAUCCAAGCCAUUAUGAAAGUAUUUGUGGACAUUGGCCAAGAAAAUACAAAGUUUCCAUCCGAGGAUUUGCUAGAUAUCUUUGAAAUACUUAUAUGCAGUAUGCAGUGUGGCAGCAGAAUCUUCAGAAUACGACCGAGAGAAGAGCUGGCAGCAAAACAGAUAUCCAUUCUAAUGAAAAUGGCUCUGCAACUUAUGAAUCUUCUUCUAUCAAAAAAUCUUUGUGAUUCUGAAAUGGAACGACUGACACAUUUAGCAGAGUGUGCCAUGAAAACAGGCAUCAUAGAUGAUGAUGGCAAGACACUUUUACACUUGUCCAUGGAAGAGAAAACUUCCACUACAAAUGAAUACACAUAUACCAUGUUCCCAUCGUUUCAAGUGUUGAAACUUCUGGUAGAUGUUGGUGCCAAUCCAAAUAUUAUGGACAACUAUCACAAUACAGUCCUCCAUUACUGUGCAAAACCAGAGAGUCACAAAGCAGCCAGGUAUCUACUAGAUAAUAAUGCACAUGCAGAUGCAAGAAACUGUGAUGGGAAGAGUGCUAUAGAGGAACUUCUAUCUUCCGGAUACCGUGUUUGUCUAAUGGAUUACUGCACACUUAAGUGUCUUGCUGCAACUGCCGUGACUCAGAACAAAAUUACCUGUUGGGAAUGUCUGCCCAAGACACUCCAUGGCUUUAUUCAAAUUCAUGGACUGGCUUAAAUGCGGAUGCUUUUUAUUCAAAGAAUGCCCUUCCAGAACACAUAUAAUCCUCAUAUCCAUAUUGUGAAAGUCAGCUUGAUUUUAAGAGUUUAGAAUCAAUCUAUUAUUUUGUAAACAGACUGAAGAAGUUGGACUGAAGCUACAUGUAUUUUGAGUAACAUUUCUAUAUGUAUUAACAUUAUUUUAUGUGUUAUAUAGAGACUGCAUUGUGAUGAAGUCAUUUCUGUAUUUAUUCAGUUUUUUUAUUAUAUACUUUGUACUGUUAUAACUGUACAUUUUAUAACACCUAGCAGAGCUGUGAUUAACUGAAAAUUCCAGUUUUUAUUUCAUGGUAUGGAGAUAUGGAGUGAGAGUAUCACUAAGGAACUGAAAUUAUGUGAUAAAUAGAAUCUUGCAUUUGUUUCCAGCAUUGAAUCUAAAACAUUGUCAUUCAAUCUACAUCACUGAGAUAAAAUUAAAAAUUUGAAGACUGGUUUUGGAAUUUUUUAAUUAACUUGAAACUUGCAAGGUCCUCAAGAUAAACUCUUGACAUUUUCAAUAAAUUGAUCAAGAAUUUGUAUACAGUACAUGUUAAAAUUUGAAGCAGCACUAAAUAUUCGGUGGAUUUCACAUUCUAUUGAACCAUGACAUUAUUUUCAGGAAAAAAAUAGGGAAUGCCAACAUCUGAAACAUAAUAUGAAUGUUAUUCCAUCUUCACUCACUUUGUGAUUAUGGUAGUUUUCAAACAGAUGGAUGAUGCCCUUCUUAUUAAACCAAACACUGUGAUAUGUUUUUCAAGUAUAAAGGUUAAAUGUUGAAUUUUAUUUUUUAUGCCACAAUAAAUAUAACUACUAAUAAAA